GCAGCAAUUUUCAUCCGACCAGACGACCCUGGAUAUUCGCCCCUCCUACCCACCCCCCUCGUCAACCCACCUUUUCCUACCUACCCCGUUGUCGUCUCCUGGUCAACACCGCAAUCAUGGCUACCAACGGCGAUUACACAGACGAUGAAUCCCAGCCUGGAUCCCCCAUGCUCGAUGCGAACGGUCACGAUGACAUCGAAGAUCAGGAGCCCCUCGACCUUGAGGAGAAGCCCUUGAAGUCUGCGAUGAAGAACUCUGGAGUGCCCUCCCUCCCCCAGCCUAAGCGGCCAGAGCUGCCCGAGCAGCCCAACCCAGAGACUCUCGACCUGUCCACACUCACCCCUCUGACGCCCGAAAUCAUUGCGCGCCAGGCCACGAUCAACAUCGGUACCAUCGGUCACGUCGCUCACGGAAAGUCGACGGUUGUCAAGGCCAUCUCCGAGGUUCAGACUGUCCGUUUCAAGAACGAAUUGGAGCGAAACAUCACCAUCAAGCUGGGUUAUGCCAACGCCAAGAUCUACAAGUGCGACAACCCCGAGUGUCCCAGACCGACUUGCUUCAAGAGUUUCAAGAGCGAGAAGGAAAUCGACCCGCCUUGUGAGAGAGAUGGAUGUUCCGGUCGCUACAGACUAUUGAGACAUGUUUCGUUCGUUGACUGCCCCGGUCACGAUAUUCUGAUGAGUACUAUGCUUUCAGGUGCCGCUGUCAUGGACGCUGCCCUCCUCUUGAUCGCCGGAAACGAAACUUGCCCCCAGCCUCAGACUUCGGAGCACUUGGCAGCUAUUGAGAUCAUGAAGCUCAGCCAUAUCAUCAUCCUGCAAAAUAAGGUGGAUCUCAUGAGAGAAGAUGGAGCUCUGCAACACUACCAGUCCAUUCUGAAGUUCAUCCGCGGUACCGUCGCCGAUGGAUCUCCCAUUAUCCCCAUUUCCGCACAGCUGAAGUACAACAUCGACGCCGUUAACGAGUACCUGGUUUCGCACAUCCCGGUCCCUGUCCGUGACUUCACCGCUUCCCCUCACAUGAUCGUCAUUCGGUCCUUCGAUGUGAACAAGCCCGGUGCUGAGAUUGAGGAGUUGAAGGGUGGUGUUGCUGGUGGUUCGAUCCUCACUGGUGUGUUGAAGCUGAACGACGAAAUCGAGAUUCGUCCUGGUCUCGUUACCAAGGACGAGAACGGCAAGAUCCAGUGCCGGCCUAUCUUCUCCCGGGUUAUGUCCCUCUUCGCCGAGCACAACGACCUUAAGUUUGCUGUGCCUGGUGGUUUGAUCGGUGUCGGUACUCGUGUCGAUCCUACUCUGUGCCGUGCUGAUCGUCUCGUCGGUUUCGUCUUGGGUCACCGUGGACGCCUUCCUGCCAUUUACACCGAGUUGGAGGUUAACUAUUUCUUGCUCCGUCGCCUGUUGGGUGUUAAGACCGCCGAUGGCAAGCAAGCCAAGGUUGCCAAGUUGACCAAGAACGAGGUUCUCAUGGUUAACAUCGGUUCCACGGCCACCGGUGCCAAGGUCGUCGGUGUGAAGGCCGAUGCCGCUAAGCUCAGCUUGACCAGCCCUGCCUGUACUGAGAUUGGCGAGAAGAUCGCCAUCAGCCGCAGAAUUGAGAAGCACUGGCGUUUGAUUGGAUGGGCCAACAUUGUCGCCGGUAACACUCUCGAGCCUGUCUCGAACUAAAACAAGCUAUUGUAGCUUGAAGAGUUCCAACUUGGUCCAGCCAGGAAAAUGUUGAUGAAGACAUUGUAGUCUAGUUGAUAACUAGCCUUGAUGGACUGGGUCUACUCUGAAAUAGAAGGGUUUACGGUAAUGAAAGCGCGUGUCGGGCUGAUUCCCUGGAUAGAGAACGCAGUAAGUCCAAUCUUCGCCUAUCUCACCUGCUGGGGAGCACGGGAGAGACUUUUCCAAACUCCCGCCGGCCCAUCCAGAGGUUUGCAGAGACAAAGAGGCCAUGCAUGCAGCAGGAUGGAUAGGCAGAUUGGAGGCUGAAGUAGCAUGGCUGGAGUUGGUGCGCGAAGGCUACUUCUUUUGACGUGUGUUAUGACGCUAUUCUGUGGAAGUCAUUUUCUUCAUCUUCUUUUUUCUGUUCAUUCUUAUUGUUCGGUCCAAGAUACAUGGCCUCUUUUUUUUUGUAGAUGCU